GUCAUGUGAUGUUGUGAGUCGAGUGUGAAGAGGAAGAAGCUGCUCCAUCCCUGUGAAUCUGUGCUCCAUCAGCCUCUGCUACACUAAAGGCCUGUAACUGCCACGCCACCCUCUAUAAACCACAAUGUCAUAUGGCUCCAUAGACGGAAACUCCUUUGGCGGACGCAACCCCUUCGGAGGCCCAGCCAGACAAGGCUACCAACCAGUCGCCACACAGGUGAGCGCCACGGAGCUGCAGGAUGUGUUCCAGGAGACCUCGUCCAAUAUCUUCCAGAUCAACGCCAACGUCGUCUCACUGGAGAAGAAUCUGCAGUCGCUCGGAACGUCGAGGGACACGCCAGAGCUACGCCAAACUCUACAUUCAACACAGCAGCAGACCAACAAAGUCAUCACCACCACGAGUCAGCUCAUCAAACAGCUGUCAGACAUCAUCAGCGGCUCCUCACGGCAGGACCGUCUGCGCCUGACCAGACUAAAGAGUGAACUGUCAGAUGCUGUGCAGCGCUAUGGGGACCUGCAGAAGAAAAUUGCCGAGCGCUCAAAGGCACUGCUCCCUCCAACACACAUGGACAAGAAGAAGAGCCCGCAGACCCCGCUGGUGGACACCCAUGACGAGGGCCCCCUGUUCGACGCGUUGGGAGCGGAAGAUUCGGUGCAGGCGUUUCUGUCGGAGAUCAGUGAAGAGGACGUGGAGGUGCUGAGGCAGAGGGAGGAGGCGCUGCUGCAGAUAGAGAGAGACAUGCUGGAUGUGAGUCAGAUCAUGAAGGACCUGGCCAGUAUGGUGCAUGAACAAGGAGAUGCCAUCGACAGCAUAGAGGACUACAUCCAGACCACAUCAUCCAACGUGGAGUCAGCCAAUCAGGAGCUCGCCAAGGCCAACCAGUACCAGAGGCAGCUGAGGAAGAGGAAGUGCUACCUGAUCGUCAUCGGAGCCGUGGUCUUGGCCAUUCUCAUUAUUAUUAUCUCAGUUUCAGUGAGGAAGUAACGAUCUGGUG